AUGACUGCAAAAUAUCAAGAUCUCUAUUUAAGGUUAUUAAGUCAAACCAAGCACCAUGGGUCCGGGAGGCAUUGGACCGAUGAAGAAAGUGCUCUAUUGGAAAAACAUCGGGAGGAGUACAGAGACGCCAACGACGCUGCUCGUGCUGAGAUAUUUUCUCGAGUUUUGCAAGACAUGCUCGACAUACUCCCCAAUGGAAAAUCGUUCAAGAAGGAAGAAAGAUCAGCUGUUAAAAAAGAUAUUAAAGAGUGGUUUGCCCGGUACAGUCGUAAGAGAAGUCAGAAAAUGCCGAGGAUGGGAAAGUCGUGGCACGCCCGGCGUGUGUUCCAGCAUGAGAACAAGGACACCAUCGAUACCGAAGCGAAAAGGCUUUGUGCCGAAGCCAUUGAAGAGGGACAAAAGAGGCCUAAAGGGGGAGAUCCCACUCAUUUUGAUUUUCGGGAGUGGGUCGUGACUCAAAUGAUGGGAAAACUGAAGAAAAGGGAGAAAGACGUACUGCAGAGGACGGCCGAGGAGUACAACAAGAAGGGAGUUGACCCGGAACUCAAGUCCAAACUGGCUGUAAAGAACUGCACAGCUCGGAUGCAUGCAUUUUCCAAGGAACUUUAUGACACAAUGGGUGUCCGGGUCUUUAUCUUAGGAUGUUAUCUGAAGCCCGAUGGUAAUUUGGACGUCUCGACGUAUGACUUCAAUCAAGAACUCGGGAAUGGGAAAGACUUUAUUGAUAACCAUAGCCGGACUUUCCAUGAGGAAGGAAUAUCGCACUAUACUGGGCAGAGUAAGGGAUCGGCUCCUUGGACGGCUAUUGGAUCAAAGUUACUUGACUUCAUUGAUCUAGAAUAUAUACCCCCGGCUUGGAGAUCAGUAAAUGGAGAAGGUAACAACUUUUACAAGUUUCUUGAUCCCUCCAAAUUCCCGAUGGAGAUGGUCACUGAAGCUCUCCAGUUUUGUGUUGGGAAGGGCAAGAAGCCCGGCAGAAGCAAGGGUCAAAGGAGAGGCCGGGCAGCAACCGAGUCACCGUCAGAUGAGGAAGCCAGGCCAAAGAGAAAGGAAGGGGUGGAAGAUCGGCAGUUCGAUGACAACAGUUGGAAGGAUUUGGAUGUGGACAAACCGGCCAAGAAACGAACCGAACAGUUUUCUAAGGAUGACUGGACUCCUGAUCGGGAUGGCUCCGAUGACGAUGGAGAAGACUUGGACCAUGACGAACAUCGUGAGGAUGGCUCCGAUGAUAGUGACUCAGACUCCGAUAAUGGUCAAGAGAGGCCAAAGCAGGAUACUCUGACCGAGCCCACAGUGAAACCUAGCAGGGUCAACCCGACCUUGGAAGAGGAUAGAGACUCGGGAUCAGAUUUGGGCUCAGACGAUGCUACGAUCACUGUAGAUACCAGCCCCGAGCUUCAGCCUCAGUACAACGACACCUGGGCUCUCUCCCAUGAAGUACCAUCGGACACUGAGGUCUUGGCUGAUGAUACAUUUUGGGAAGCUGACCUGGGCUGUGGGGUGGAGUCGGCCGAUCGAGCGAAGAAGAGAAAAUUCACUGAUGAGGAUACACCCUGCAAGUUUCCUCGGUUAGAGAAGGGUUACAAACUUGGCCCGAGGAGUGCCCGACCAGGCAAAGUCAAAUGCCGAGCUGCCUCGGCUGUUAUCCAAGCCACUGUCAAACCAGCUCAAGCAACCAAUCUGAGGUCGGACACAACCAAAGCUUCGAAUAGCUUUGAUUUCACUAAGUCAAGUGGUGUCAACGCAAAACGACCAGUCCCUUCAAAACAAAAGGAGUCAGAGGCCGGUCCCAGUCAGCAACCAUCUAUUGAUGUCCCCACCAAGCCAAAACCAAAACCUUGUCCUAUCAUGAAAGGCAAGGUUUCUACAGGGGAACUCGGUAUAGUAACCCGAGAACGGUCGAAAAAGAUUGCUGAAGAAAGUGUUCGUUCCACCCGGUCCAAGAAAGUUUCAUUCGUCAGUUAA